CCUCACGUCAUCAUCCAAUGAAAUUAGAGGAAUCCACCGCUUCCGGUCCUUCAUGCAAACACAUGUCGACAAGCCGUUAGCUCGAUCAAAAACACCAAACAAAAGCCAUAAGCGCCACAAACGAUGGUCCAGUUGAGUAGAAUCUGCCUUCGGAAAUAUGGGAACUUUGUGGAUAACCUCCGUGUGUACGUCCGUGGAGGCGGCGGCGGCAUGGGUCUACCCCGUCUUGGGGGGAAAGGAGGGAACGGGGGAGAUGUUUGGGUGGUGGCUUCAAAGGACAUGACCUUAAAGAGGAUAAAGGACAGGUAUCCCGAGAAGCGCUUUGUAGGUGGAGCAGGAGCCAACAGCAGUGUCCGAGCCCUGAAAGGAGAGAAGGGGAAGGACAAGGAGAUCUUGGCUCCUGUUGGUAUCACAGUCACUGCUGACGAUGGCAAAAUAGUUGGUGACCUGAAUGCUGACGGCGAUCGUCUGAUGGUGGUCAAAGGAGGAGCAGGAGGCUCCUUCCACUCGGCAUUCGAGCCCAGUAAGGGCCAGACGAAGCACAUAAGGCUAGACCUCAAACUUAUCGCUGACCUGGGCCUUGUUGGGUUCCCAAAUGCGGGGAAGUCCUCUCUUCUGGCCGCCAUGUCUAACGCCACGCCUCAGAUCGCCAGCUACGCGUUCACAACUUUGAGGCCGCAGAUCGGCAAACUGAUGUAUGAAGAUUACAAACAGAUUUCUAUUGCUGAUCUGCCCGGCCUGAUCGAGGGGGCUCACGUAAACAAAGGCAUGGGUCACAAGUUCCUAAAACAUGUUGAGAGGACCAAGCAGCUUCUGUUUGUGGUCGAUGUUUGCGGUUUCCAGCUAGCGAGCAAAAUGCCGUUUCGAUCGCCCUUCGAAGCUGUUCAGCUUCUCACCAAGGAAUUGGAAUUGUACAAAGAAGAGCUUGUGUCGAAGCCUGCUUUACUGGUGGUGAAUAAAAUGGACCUGCCUGACGCUGAGGACAAACUAGCAGAGCUGAAGGAGCAACUACGAAACCCAGAUGAAUUCUCUCAUCUGUUGCCCGACGACAUGAUGCCAAAGAGCUGCAUGACCUUCAGACACAUUGUUCCCGUCUCUGCCACCACCGGGUUUGGUGUCGACCGCUUGAAGAGGUGCAUCCGAGAAUCGCUCGACGACGACGCAGCGACGGCAACCAAAGACAUCCAUCGAGACCGACUGCAAGCUUUGAGGGGGAAGGCACACGAGCAUUUGUGAUGCACGCGGACUCAAUGCAACUAUUGCUUCUGGACACAAAGUGUACGACGAUGAUGAUGGAUCCCGCAAAAUCAAAGCUGGCUUAACUUUGGUAUGAAAAAAAAGCACCCACUGAGAAAGAAUCUGUGCAGGAACAGGUCCAUGGAGGUGAUGGAGGAUGACUCUGCAUCUGUGCUGCAGAAAGUUACUUCAAUUCUGGUCAGAAGAAGGGUUGAUAUCAAAAUCUUGGCCUACAGUUGACGAGGUCCAUCUUUAAAGAGAAAAGAAACGUUGCAGAUUUAAUAUGCUUAUGAAAUGAUGUCAGACAAGCAAAUGGAAACUAAGCACAUACAAUUACACAGAAUGCACCGAGCAGCCGGAAAGGUUUAAUGUUACCUGAAUUUAUCCGAUACAAAGAUUAAGGUUAUUACAUUUCUUUUUUAGAAAUCUGUUUCAGGGAUGUAUCAAUUCCAAUAUUGAUUAAUCCCUGUUACUAGAUUUGUCUUUUUUCCAAUGUAACAUGGGGUAAGAGAUUAUUUCAAUUUAACAAAAAAAUGUAAAUAUCAAAAAUAAUAAAUUUUUGUCAUGUCAAGUGUAAAAUACUAAACUAAAUGGUUCUACCACAAAACUGACUCUUGACUUUCAAAGUAAUAUUUUGCUAAUUCAUGGCACAAAACAUACAGGUUCAGAAAACAUUUGUCC